GUAUAAAACAAGAGUCUAAAGAUACAUUUGAUAAAAGUUGUAUUACGUGAUAUAGUUAUAUCUUAGAUCCUAAGAGCUGUUCAAAUAUUUCACUUAAACGAUGAAGUUAAUGCUGGGGCUGUUAGCCUUUUCUUCUUGCUUAGCAACUAUCCAAUGCGGUUUCCAAACAAUAGUAGCAAACCCAGGAGGUAUUGGAGGUAUUUUCAAAGGUCCAGAUUCGGAAACGAUAGUUAAAGGACCUGAUGGUAGCGUAAUAACUUCUGAACAAAACGGAGGACUCAUUCAGACUGAACAGAAAUUAGAACCAAUAAUAGUCGCAGAACCCGAAAUUGUUGAAGCACAUCCCGUCUUGCCACCCUCACUGGCUGAAGACGGUUACAUUGCACCUUUAGUACCUGUAAAAAAUGUGGUUAUUGCAGAUGACGCUAAUAAUGUAGUACCAGUAGUUAGUUCUGGAAUUUCAGCCCCACUUCCAAAUUAUAUUGGUCCUCCAACAAUUCCUGUAUCAUCCGGUCAUGAGAUAAAUAUUAUAGAGCCAGAGCCUCAUAUUAUUCAAACAGAAAUUAUUGAUGCGCCAGCAAUAGAAUCCAAGGAAUCGACAGAUUUAGUUGGACCUUCUGGAAGUAUAUCUACUAGAGGUUCGGAAUCAAUCGUAUCCGGACCUGCAUCGACGACUAUAACAAAAACAGCUAAAGUUUUAGUUGCUCCACCUGUAAUAACUGCUACAGCAGGAGUACCUCACGUGAUAACACCAGUUCAUGUACCAACCCUUAUCGAAGUCAAUAACGAGAUUCCAGUAGCAUCAGCAGGUAGUAUAAUCACAGGAACUGAAUCCUCAACUGUAUAUCCAUUAAAAGCAGAUGGUUUGCUUAGACCUACUAUAACGCCACCAAUAGUAACAGGAUCUCCGAUUGUAUAUCCUCUAACUACUUCAGUAGCAUCUAAUCCUAUUCCAAAAGAAACGGUUAUUCAACAAGUAGAACCUGUACCAAGCCAAUUACCGUUAUUACCUCAAUCUAUCCCCGUUUUUCCAACAGGACUUCUAACAGGAGAACAAUUUGAUAGAAGACAUCAAGUUUCGACAACAAUAAAUCCUUUACAUGACCAAUUUACAGUCCCAAAAGUAUCACCGAAAGUAAGCGUCGAAGAUGAAGGUGCAAGUGGAUUUAUUCAACCCGGCUCAAUUUAUGGAAUACCUUCAAGUACUUUGACUCCUAUAUUAACUUCUUCCCAGGCAUUCUAUGGAGGUAUACCUUCUAGCACCGUAUCUCCCACCUUUUCCAGUACUUCGCCCUUCUACGAAGGGAAUCCUUCCACCACUGUAUCUCCUAUAACUUCAUCUGAUAAUCAACAUGUUUUGAAUCCUUAUCAUAUACCAAGCAGAAACAUUAUACCUCCUGAAAUCGGUAUACCACGAGGACCUAUUGAUUUAGGUACGACAAUAACUUCAGUAACGAAAAACCAAGAGGCGAAUAAAUCUCCUGGAAUAAUAAAUCUUCAAGGAAUCGAUAAUGACAAUAUUCAAAGAACAGAAUAUACCAGCGAUAAUGAUCACACAUUUCAAAAUGGAUAUUAUAGAACCGACGUAUUACUUGGAACUGAUCCAAACAGUGUGUACCAUCAACAGAGAACGGCUACUCUUAAUGAUCCUUUGCUAACUGAAACUAAUCCAAUAUUGUAUCAAAAUGGUAUCAAACAAUCAACGAAUAACUAUUAUCCUGGUACAUUACUUUCAGAACCUGGUAUAAAUCCAAAUAUAAAUUUCAACAACAGACCUCAAGGACAUGCAUUUAAUGUAUAUGACAGAAAAAGAAGUAAUAGGAAACAUUGAUGGGAUAAUCAUACCUUUAAAGAAUACUAGUCAAUGUUAAUGAAAAGGUGGGGGAUUCUUAUAAACAACUUAACUCUUCUUUUAUUUAUUGUGAGAUUAAUAAAGCCGUUACUUGCCCUGUU